AUGUUUCACAAAACAGCAUUAUCCAGAAUAAGCAAGAGAUUACUUUCAUUUAAAACAUACCCUACCCCCAAUCAGAAUGCAUUAAAGUUUGUUUCCCCUGAGCGUGCCAUCUCUCCACUAGAGAACAAAACAUUCGAGUUUGGCUCUUCUCUUCAAGCAGUCCAUUCUCCAUUGGCACUUAAGCUAUUCAAACUUUCUGGUAUCAAGUCUAUUAUGAUUGGCCAUGAUUUUCUUACGGUCAACAAACAAGACCAUAUCAAUUGGGCCAACUUGCGUCCUGAGGUGACUGAGUUGUUGGAUGAGUUCCUCACGGCUGACAGAGAACCUACUAUCACCAAGGAACUUUUGGAUUCCGAGGAAGACUCUUUGGCUGCAAACGAGAACGAUACUGAAGUUGUUGCCAUGAUCAAGGAGUUGAUCGACACAAGAAUCAGACCUGCUAUUCAAGACGAUGGUGGAGACAUCGAAUACAAGGCUUUCGAUGAGGAAACCGGAACAGUGUUCCUUAAGCUUCAGGGUGCAUGCAAAUCUUGUUCAGCUUCUGAAGAUACCCUUAAGGGUGGUAUUGAGUCCAUGUUGAUGCAUUACAUUGAAGAGGUGAAGGAGGUUGUCCAGAUCCUUGAUCCAGAGGAGGAAAUCGCCAACAAGGAAUUCGAAAGACUAGAGCAGAAACUCAAGGACAGAAAAGAAACUUCUCCUCCCCCUCCACCACCAUCUUUGUGA